CGCUUAUUUCCCGCUGUCAGGAUGAGGAGGCGGAGGUCGGCGCUCCGGUCCGUCUCUGCCCGCGGCUGUGGCGGCGCCGGCGGCUUCAGCCUUAGCGGUUCCUCCCUGGGCGGCGGCGGCGGCGGCUCGGUCGACGCCUCCUCCGCCAGCUGAGCCCGCGGGAGCCCGGGACGCCGCUUCCCCGCCCAUCCCCUCCCCGAGGCCCGCCGCCUGGCCAUGGCGCAGCCGGGCCCGGCUUCUCAACCUGACGUUUCUCUUCAGCAACGGGUAGCAGAAUUGGAAAAAAUUAAUGCAGAAUAUUUACGUGCACAGCAGCAGCUUGAACAAGAAUUUAAUCAAAAGAGAGCAAAAUUUAAAGAGUUAUAUUUGGCUAAAGAGGAGGAUCUGAAGAGACAAAAUGCAGUGUUACAAGCUGCACAAGAUGAUUUGGGACACCUUCGAACACAGCUGUGGGAAGCACAAGCAGAAAUGGAGAAUAUCAAGGCCAUUGCCACAGUCUCUGAGAAUACCAAACAAGAAGCUAUAGAUGAAGUAAAAAGACAGUGGAGAGAAGAAGUUGCUUCACUUCAGGCUGUUAUGAAAGAAACAGUUCGUGAUUAUGAGCACCAGUUCCACCUUCGCCUGGAGCAGGAACGAACACAGUGGGCACAGUAUCGAGAAUCUGCAGAGAGGGAAAUAGCCGAUUUAAGGAGAAGGUUGUCUGAAGGUCAAGAGGAAGAAAAUUUAGAGAAUGAAAUGAAAAAGGCCCAAGAAGAUGCUGAAAAACUUCGGUCUGUUGUGAUGCCCAUGGAGAAGGAAAUUGCAGCUUUGAAAGAUAAACUGACAGAGGCUGAAGACAAGGUUAAAGAGCUGGAAGCCUCAAAGGUUAAAGAACUGAAUCAUUAUCUGGAGGCUGAGAAAUCUUGUAGGACUGACCUAGAAAUGUACGUAGCUGUUUUAAAUACUCAGAAAUCCGUUCUGCAGGAAGAUGCUGAGAAACUGCGAAAAGAAUUGCAUGAAGUUUGCCAUCUUUUGGAGCAAGAGCGACAACAACACAAUCAGUUAAAACAUACGUGGCAGAAGGCCAAUGACCAGUUUCUGGAAUCUCAACGUUUGCUGAUGAGGGACAUGCAGAGAAUGGAGAUUGUGUUAACUUCAGAACAGCUCCGACAAGUUGAAGAACUGAAGAAGAAAGAUCAGGAGGAAGAUGAACAACAAAGACUUAAUAAGAGAAAGGACCACAAAAAAACAGAGGUUGAGGAAGAAGUGAAACUACCAGUAGUGUGUGCUUUAACUCAUGAAGAAUCUUCAGCACAGUUAUCAAAUGAAGAGGAGCAUUUAGAUAGUACCCAUGGUUCAGUCCAUUCCUUAGAUGCAGAUUUACUGUUGCCAUCUGGAGAUCCAUUCAGUAAAUUGGACAAUGACAUGUUUAAAGACGGACUCAGGAGAGCACAGUCUACAGACAGCUUGGGAACCUCAGGCUCGCUGCAAUCCAAAGCUUUAGGCUAUAACUACAAAGCAAAAUCUGCUGGAAACCUGGAUGAAUCAGAUUUUGGACCACUAGUAGGAGCAGAUUCUGUGUCUGAGAACUUUGAUACUGCCUCCCUUGGAUCACUGCAAAUGCCAAGUGGGUUUACAUUAACCAAAGAUCAGGAAAGAGCAAUCAAGGCAAUGACACCCGAACAAGAAGAGACUGCGUCUCUACUCUCCAGUGUCACCCAGGGUAUGGAAAGUGCUUAUGUGUCUCCCAGUGGUUAUCGCUUAGUCAGUGAGACAGAAUGGAAUCUCCUGCAGAAAGAGGUACAUAAUGCUGGAAAUAAACUUGGUAGACGUUGUGAUAUGUGUUCCAAUUAUGAAAAACAGUUACAAGGAAUUCAGAUUCAGGAGGCCGAAACAAGAGACCAGGUGAAAAAACUACAGGUGAUGCUAAGACAAGCAAAUGACCAGUUAGAGAAGACAAUGAAAGAUAAACAGGAGCUAGAAGACUUCAUAAAGCAGAGCACUGAAGAUUCAAGUCAUCAGAUCUCAGCACUUGUCCUAAGAGCCCAAGCAUCUGAGGUUUUACUUGAAGAGUUACAACAGGGGUUUUCCCAAGCAAAGAGGGAUGUUCAGGAACAAAUGGCAGUGCUGAUGCAGUCACGGGAACAGGUUUCUGAAGAGUUGGUGAGGUUACAAAAAGACAAUGACAGUCUUCAGGGAAAGCAUAGCUUGCACGUGUCAUUACAGCAAGCAGAAGACUUCAUUUUACCAGACACUAUAGAGGAACUCCGGGAAUUGGUAUUAAAAUACCGUGAGAACAUCAUUAAUGUGCGGACAGCAGCAGACCACAUGGAAGAGAAGCUGAAGGCUGAAAUUCUUUUCCUAAAAGAGCAGAUUCAAGCGGAACAGUGUUUAAAAGAGAACCUUGAAGAAACUCUGCAAUUAGAAAUAGAAAACUGCAAGGAAGAAAUAGCUUCCAUUUCUAGCUUAAAAGCUGAAUUAGAAAGAAUAAAAAUAGAAAAAGGACAGUUGGAGUCCACAUUGAGAGAGAAGUCUCAACAGCUUGAGAGCCUUCAGGAAAUGAAAACCACUUUGGAAGAACAGUUAAAGAAAGAGACUACUGCUAAGGUUACCAUUGAACAACUAAUGUUUGAAGAGAAGAACAAAGCUCAGAGGUUGCAGACAGAACUAGAUGUCAGUGAACAAGUCCAGAGGGAUUUUGUAAAGCUUUCUCAGACCCUUCAGGUGCAGUUAGAGCGGAUCCGGCAAGCAGACUCCUUGGAGAGAAUCCGGGCAAUUCUGAAUGAUACCAAACUGACAGACAUUAACCAGCUUCCUGAGACAUGACACCUUCAUAGCAGGACUCUCACCUGCACUUUGGGUUUUUAACUCAUCUUUAGAGCAACAUUAACUACUUACUCUUAACUAAAGAAGUCACUAAAAAGGAAGACUGGGGAAAUGUGUUUCUAGUGGGAGAAGACUGCAGCACAGAACAGCAAACAGCCGGCUAAUUUGCAGCAAAAAGACCUUUCAAAUGGGAACACUAGUGAGACCCCAGGCUUGACUCCAGCAUAUAUGGAUCAGGUUCGGUGAUGGAGAAAGUGCUGUUUCCUUGCUUAUUUAUCCAUCAUUUCCCUAAAGCAACAUCCAGUAGUGUUUGGAAUUACAUUUCCUGUUCAUAAAUCUUGGAAGAGAGAAUUUUUUGUUGUAUAGAGUACAUCAGUAACAGUAUUCAGCUAGCAAGACACGUGUAGUAUGCUGUAUGAAUAUUUUAUAUUAAAAUAUGAAGUUUGAGAGCAGGCCAUUGGCUAGUGACUGCAUUUCCUAGCGCAGUGCUUUUUU